CUGGCCACCCUGGUACUGCUUUAUUAAACAAUGACAGCCGCAUAGAAGGGAUUGGGUGUUUUAGGUUUUCCAUUUGGGAUUUCCAAUCGUUCAGAGAUAAAUACAACCGAUACAAUAGCAAGGCAACUAACUCAUCUAUCUGACGCUGAACUUCUACAUUCCAAUAGUGCCCUGAAAUUGUCAAAAAGUAAUAAUGAAAAAGACUGCUUUCGAAAAAAUCUUCGUCACCGUCGGAACAACUCAAUUUGAGGAGCUGAUUGAAAAAGUCACAGAUAGUGGGGUAAUUAAUGAACUUCGUCGAAUGGGCUGUCGAAAGCUGAGCCUGCAGAUAGGACGUGGCAAACAUCCAAUCAUUGUGAAAGAGGUUUUUGGCAACGAUAUUGAAGUGAAAUUUUUCGACCUUAAAACCAGUAUAGCGGAUGAUAUCGAACAGGCGGAUUUGGUAAUCAGUCAUGCCGGUGCUGGAAGCUGUAUCGAGGUGCUGGGAGCGGAAAAACCUCUUGUCGUUGUAGUUAAUGAACGGCUGAUGGAUAAUCACCAAACGGAACUCGCUGAACAGUUAUCCAAAGAGGGCUAUUUAUUAUAUUGCACACCGUCUACGCUGAGCCAAACGCUGGCCGAGUGUGACUUUAGUCAACUGAAAAAAUUCCCUCCUGGAUCGGUUGCUGAUUUCAUCAGCUAUUUGGAUGCUUUCAUGGGCUUUUAGGAAAGUGCAUUCUCGCUUUAGUUCAGGAAAAUUAAUUAUCUAUACUUUUUAUUUAUUGUACUUUCAGUUUUCUUCACGAAUAAGAUUUAGCAUUUAGUGUAUGUAUCUGGUGAUGUUUGUGUUUUUAAAUUUUGUGUAGGUAUAAUAAGUUCGAGUGCAUUUCA